AUGAAGGACCAUCUCGUCGAUGAUGAUGAGGCCGAAAUGAUCCGUUUUCGAAGGUCCGCCUUCUCUGUGGUCACUAUUUCUACUGUGACAAUCCUUGGCUGUAUUAUCCUCACUCCUCUCGCCUAUCAUAACGUUCAGAAGUUGCACAGUACUUUACUUAACGACGCCCACUUCUGUAAGAGUCGAAAUCGUGAUCUCUGGGGAGAAGUUGUGACUGUUUCAUUGGGAAAAGGUCACCACGAAACAGUAGAGCGGCUGAGAAGACAAACAAUAGAGCGGCCAGCAAGUCGAUGGCUCUUCGGUCACCUGAUAACUACGAAUACGAACCGUGAACGGAGGCAGGGAAAAUACCAAGCAGAGGAAGCAGCAGGAGAAGCAGGAGCUGGAGGAAGUGGAACAUUACCAGAAGCUGGCGCAAAUGUCAAUCAAUCUAAAAACUUAGUUCUUGGAGGAGGUCAGGGAUGCUGUGGAUGUCAAACUGGCCCACCUGGGCCGCCAGGAGAUCCUGGGGAAGACGGCGAUGAUGGCAAAGAUGGACAGCCUGGAAUCAGCGGUCAACCUGGACAGGGUGCUCUAGGGGAAUAUGCUAACGAAGAAUUAUUCACAACGAAUGGAUCCCGCUCCUUUUCCACGCAGUUGGCGGUUCCAUGUGUUCGAGAGUGCCCUCCCGGACCACCAGGAGCACCAGGAUCGCCUGGCGAGAAAGGACCUCGGGGCUACCCAGGAGAAACCGGAGAGCCUGGAACACCAGGAAAACCGGGAGAGAAGGGACCGGCUGGUAAGGCUGGAUCUCCUGGACCUACUGGGUAUCCAGGGAGAGCAGGAGAAAAGGGUGAGAGUGGUAAAAGUCUUCCGGUGGAAGCUCCUCCUGGUCCGCCUGGUAGGCCCGGAGAAAUGGGACCUCCUGGACCUCCUGGUCCUCCCGGAGAGAAAGGGAGACAAGGAGAACCUGGACUGCCGGGAAUCCAAGGAGAUCGAGGACCUCCAGGACCAUAUGGUAAGCCUGGAGGUGCAGGACCUCCCGGACCCGAUGGAAUCCCGGGAGAGUUGGGAAGCUGCGAACAUUGUCCUCCGCCAAGAACACCUCCCGGCUAUUAG